UUUUCUGUGCCUAAAGUUCGGGUUCUGAAAGGAUGGAGGACACAUUACUAAACGUGUUUGUCGUGGUUGUCAGUCUGCUCCUCUCAAAGGACCACAAUGUCUUUCACAACCAAGAUGACAACAUCAUGGUGAGCAUGCAAGACCAUGAGCACUUUGUCAUAGAGGAGGGGGCAAAGCUAGAACAAGGGGAGCAUGAUGUUGCCAUGGAGCUGCCACAAUCAAAUCAGGAAGAGUCACAAAGUCUUCGCAGGGUGCCGAAAGGAGAGGGGGACACGUCAGAUGUUCAACAAAUUACGCCAAAUGUCAAGACCACAGUGCUGCACGAGGAGCAAAUGUCCCCAGUGGGAGAGCAAAAUGACUUCCGCCAAAAGGCAUUUGCACCAGAUGACCAGGAAAUAUUGGAUAUUGACACAGACAAACGGACAUUGCAUAUGCCAAAGGAAGGCCUAACACAUGAGCACGUCAACAUGGACCAGUCAGGACCCACUGUGGACCAGAAUGUCUCUCAGGGGGAUGUGGCACAGCCGGAAAAGCCACAAGCUGACCACACUGACAUCCAUCAUGAACAUCAAGCUGAUCAGCGAUUACUCAUCGACCAAAAAAUAGCAACUUCAAGUCAAAGGUUGACAAUGAUAACUCAAGGGAAACAAUCUAGUGACCAAGAGGACACCUACAGUUGGUACCUUUGGAAGACACUCUCCUUGAUUUCAUUUUAUCGUAUUUUAAAAAAGUUCCUCAGAAAGGGUUCCAAGUCACAAAGGAAGACACCAAGAUGCUUGAACGUCUCCAAGGUUUCUGAUCUUGAUUCCAAGACCUUAACUAGCUUCCAUAACCAGUGUGUCCUGGUUCCACCCAGUCACAGUUGGCAAACUUGUGAGUUCGUGGAGGGUUUUGUGAACGACCUGCUUGAAGCUGUGAGGGCUAAAGGUUCAGACAUGGAGAUUGAGGACUUUGUUGGCGUUGGCAGCUUAUACGAGCAAUGGGCUUCAAGAAAGAGCGUCGUGUGUGACAUCCAUGUACCCAUCAUCCCUCCAAAGCCUUAUAGCUUCGAGUUUGAGCUUUUGAAAGAAAGUAGAGGUUCUUCAACCAUCCAAUACUGUUGCAGAGUCAAGAUGACCAAAGGCAAUGCCAGUUUAGCCAUCUGUCCUUGCAGCAAUUCCAACCUAGAUGAUGACGAUACCUUGUGUCUUAUACAUCCAGAUAAAAAAAAUAACGUGACUGAAAGCAACAUAAAUUACCUUCUAUGCCAAGAGAACAGCUCAUAUCUUGCUAAAACACAUGUUGUGAAGUGGUUUAAGACAGCUAUUUGGAAAGCAUGGGAUGAGAUCAGCCACAAGUAUGAGUUUGAGCUAAUAUUCCAGAAUAGGGAAAACCCUGGAAGUCUCAGAGUUCGGUUCAGGUCAGGUAGGGUCAUUCUGUUUAAACUCACACCUGUAGUCAGAUUUAAAGACUCUGAGGUACAUCUGACCCCGUAUCUUCCCUCCGCCAUUUUUUCUGACAUCCAUUGGCCUGUAUGUUUUACACGUUACGAAAAUGCCCUUCUUCAACGCAUAACCAAUUCACUUCCAAACAACACAUGCCAUAUUCAUUGUCUACAAAUACUUUCAUUCCUACACAAACACCAAACUGGCCUGACUGGACCAUGUGGGCUAACAAGCUUCCACUUGAAGAACGCACUGUUACAUCUUCUGGUCAACAAACCCUCAUCUUGGGACCCUGAGCAGAUGGCUUGCAGGCUUAAUGAUCUGCUGACUUUCUUACAGCAAAAAGUCAAAGCUAAAUCACUUAACCACGCUCUGGUUGGGAACAGUCUCAUUCCUAGUGAGAUUGGAAUUCCAGAAGAGUUCAGAGUGGGAAAACCGGUUAACUUGUUUCUGCCAUUGUCAAAUGAAGAGUUGUACUUAAAAACAAAUAGACACUUACUGGAGAUGAUUAGAAAUAUGCCAGUGUUGAUGUAUGAAUAUGGAUCAAUGAGAAACAUUCUAUAAAAAAAAAAUAAAAAAAACUUAAUUUUAUGAGAUGCUGUGCCAGAAAUGUGUAGAUGUACUUUUGAUCAGCUGUUCACUUACAUUUCAUAAUGCAUUCACUCCAUGGGUGACAAAUGUAAAAAGACAAAAUAAUUUGUAACUUCAGUUUAUCACAUUAACAUCACAAGGCAUAACCACAAAAUUGGCACUUUAGAGUCCUUAAGACAUCUGCUAUCUGUAAAAAA